AUGCAUCACAAUGGUGGUGUGACGCCAUUCAGUGAUAUGAUCAAUCACUUACAGAGAUCCAAUUUUGCCACCAAUGGUAAUGGCAAUGGCAAUGGCAAUGGUAGUGGUCCAUUUUCAUCAUCUCCACCAUUCCCGCUAUACCCUCCAGUCAAUGGGAUGUCCCUGCCACCCAUCUCAAUGGCCACGGUCACCAAUGGUAUUGGUGCCGCCACAACUACCACCCCUGGCAGGUCCAUGUCAAUUGACGACGUCAACAAUAACAACAACAAUAACUACAACAUGACCAUCAAUGACAAUGAUAAUGAUAAUGAGGAAGACGACGAAUAUUAUGAAGACAAUGAUAAUGAUGACGAUGACGCAAGCAGCACAACAAGCACUAGCACAGGCGCAGGUACGGCCACAGGCAGCACAGGUUCCAAGGGCAAGAGGUCCAGCACACGCAUAGUUUGGACACCGUUCGAUGACCAGGUACUCAAGCAGGCGGUCGACGAGUACAAUCAUAGGAAUUGGAAAAAGGUGGCUGAGCGUCUGCCUGGUCGCACCGAGGUGCAAUGUCAUCACCGAUAUCAAAAGCUGAUGAUGACCAUCACAGUCAAGGGCUCAUGGACUCGCGAGGAAGACGAACUGAUCAAGAAACUUGUAAACAUAUACGGUCCAAAGAAGUGGUCUGAGAUUGCUCUUCAUCUCAAGGGUCGCUUGGGCAAGCAAUGUCGAGAGAGAUGGCACAAUCACUUGAAUCCAAACAUCAAGAGAGAUGCAUGGACUGAAGAGGAGGAUAGGAUCAUUGGUGAGAAGCACGCAGAGUAUGGAAACAAAUGGGCAGAGAUCGCCAAGUUCUUGCCGGGCAGAACGGACAAUGCCAUAAAGAAUCAUUACAACUCAUCAAUGAAGCGAACAAAGAAGGGUCAACGACAGGACGCCAGGACCAACAACAAGAAAGACAACUCAACCAAGAAGCGCAAGUCAACAUCUACAUCAGAAGACGGUCAUCAUCAAGCCAAUCCAUCAGUUGGCAACGAUCCACACCCAAUGGGCGACCCACUCUCCCUGGACAUUGCAUCACUCCAACAAUACAUCCUUUCAGGCAACUCGCCAAAGUCAAUGCCCAAGGCACCAUCACCUUUGAAGCUAGUAUUCAACACACCUGGCCACGGUAACAACUCACACAACUAUGUUACCGGUCAACACGUUGACCUACAUCAACUGGUAUCUCCCAUCAAGCUAUAUUCAAACUCUGGACUACUCAAGAAGAAGGCGAAGAUUGACUUUUCACCAUCGAAACAAACGCCAGAGCAUCAACAACAACAUCAACUACAUCAACAACAACAACAAUAUCCAGACAAUAGUAUAUUCUAUUCACCUAUUCAGAGGGCACAUGACAGGUCGACAAUGGCCGCAGACAUAUCAGAGUUCUCACCAUUCAAGUCAAUGUUUGGUACACCAAGUGGAUCGGGACAAGUCUACGACUAUGAUCCAAUGAAGACAGCAAUGUUCAGUCCUUAUAAAUCACCAAUACAUCAUCAACAACAACAGCAUCAACAGUACUCACCUCUAUACCACCUGCCGCACAACAACGGACUUUUAUCAUCAUCAUCAUCAUCACCAUCACCAAAGAGUAGACACCAGUUGCCAACGCCAUCGUCACUGCACGUCCUUCCCACGCCUACCUGGAGCAACAACACAAGCGGCAGCAACGCCAACAACAAUGGUAUACUCAAUGGUGACAUGGACGCACAUCGUUCAAAGCUUGGCAUCCACAUGACCGACAGAGGCGUCGACAAAAACCAGCUCAGCACAAUCAACUCGAAGCUCAGAGGUGAGCCCAACUACAACAACAUCAGUGGACUCAAUGACAACUACUUUGUACCAAUGACACCUUUCAAGGACACGACAUCCAGCUUUGUGGACUCAUUGUCGCUCUCUGACAUUGGCUCGAUGCGCUCAUCAAUCUUGUCAACGCCCGGAUCAUCAAGGGACAAGUCGCGCAUGUCUAACAAGCCUCACCUGCCUCUAUCAUUCAGCAGUAGCAGCAACAACAGCAGCUGUGUGAGUGGGCCAGCUUCAUCAACCAGUUUCACUAUGGACGAUCAAUCAUCGUUGUACAUAAUGGAGUCGAACAACAACAUCAGCAACAUCAGCAACAACAGCAACAACUUAUCCCUUAUCCAACACACCACUACCACUUCCAACUCGAAUGAUUGUUCAUUCGAGGCUUUGCGACGACUGAGUAAUGACUCUAAACAAUCGAUAUUCAAUAAGGCCAGGAGGAUAUUGGAGAGCACCAAUGACACCAACAGGAGUCAGGACCGUAUCAACAUCUCUGACAUCCAAGUUCCAUACACUCCAAUAUCCACAUCACAUCACUAUCUUGUGACACCAAUCACAAAGGUACCCUUUCCAACCAACACCAUCGCCACAGUAUCUUGA